AUGGAUUGGAUGUUUCAAACUUCAGAGAUAAAAAUCAUGAGAUUAGAUCUUACGCAGCCAACACGAAGAGUCAAGGAUCACUUGGGGUUUGUGGGCCUACACUCCUUGCCAUGGGAAUGGCGAAUCCUUUUUGUCAAUAGUAUUGCCAUUAUCACCACCUUUCAGUUACCUGAGAGCCACCAGGAGAACCAGCAAAGUAGUGCUUGUAAACUCACCUGUCUUCUCCUUCUAGAUGCAGACCAAUGUGAGAAGUGCCCAGAAGAUCAGUAUCCAAACAAGAACCAGGACCAGUGUAUUCCUAAAGACAUAAGUUACUUAUCCUAUGAGGAGCCUUUGGGGGCAAUUCUUGUUUCCUCGGCUCUUUUCCUUUCUGUAAUCACAGUUGUGGUGUCGUGGAGCUUCAUUCAACAUCAAAAUACUCCCAUCGUCAAAGCCAACAACUGGAGCAUCACGUGUGCCCUGCUCUGCUCUCUGCUGCUCUGCUUUCUCUGCUCCUUCUUGUUCAUAGGAAGGCCUGGGAAGGUGACCUGCCUUCUGAGGCAGACUGUGUUUGGCAUUGUCUUCUCCAUUGCAGUUUCUUGUGUUUUGGCCAAAACCAUCACUGUGGUUUUGGCCUUCAUGGCCACAAAGCCUGGAAACAGAAUGAGAAAAUGGGUUGGGAAGAGGCUGGCAGUAUCAGUCAUCAUUCUCCCUUCUCUUAUUCAAGCUGGCAUCUGUGCAGUGUGGUUGGUAAUCUCUCCUCCCUUCCCAGAGUUUGACAUGCACUCCCACAUUGGCCAGAUCAAUGUGCAAUGCAACGAAGGCUCAGACAUCAUGUUCUACCUUGUCCUGGGCUACAUCAGUUUUCUUGCUAUCGUCAGCUUCACGGUAGCUUUCUUUGCCAGAAAGUUGCCCGAUACUUUCAAUGAAGCCAAGUUGAUCACCUUCAGCAUGUUGGUCUUCUGCAGUGUUUGGGUGUCCUUUGUGCCCACCUACCUAAGCACCAAGGGGAAAUACAUGGUGGCCGUGGAGAUCUUCUCCAUCUUGUUCUCUAGUGCUGGCUUAUUAGGUUGCAUCUUUCUCCCCAAAUUCUAUAUUAUUGUUCUGAGGCCUGAGCUGAACACCAGAGACCAGCUAGUAAGCAAGAAGGGUCGUAAGUACUGA